CUCCAAGGGCAACUCUGGUAAAAUGGGGAGAAUCUGAUGGUGCAAUCUCCUUAUUUAAACAACCAACAUGCAAGCGGCCGAGUAACAAGGCCAACUAUCAUUCUUUUCUUAAAACCAUCAAUCUAAUAUUGCUCUAUGCCAUUUAGAGAAGACCAAGACUUCUCCCUUUUUACUCUCUUUCUGUCUGUCUAAGGCAGGAAAAAAAAAAGAAGGAAAAAACUGCCCUUUAAAGCCCAGAGAGACGGACACUAAAAGAAAGGCAGAAACACAAAAGUUUUUUCUUCGUCGCAUUUAGCUGAAGCCUAUCAACUCCAAAGCUUUCUUUAUCUUCAUGGAUUUGAACAACUCAAAGACCAGCUCGCCUUCCUCUUCUAAAAACAAAAGAAAGCAGCAGCAACCUCAGCACCAACAACAGCAACAAGAAACAAAAUUCUUGGGAGUAAGGAGGAGGCCAUGGGGUAGAUACGCAGCAGAGAUAAGAGACCCUUCCACAAAAGAAAGGCAUUGGCUUGGCACGUUUGACACUGCGGAGGAAGCAGCCUUAGCCUAUGACCGUGCCGCUCGCUCCAUGCGUGGGUCCAAGGCUCGAACUAACUUUGUCUAUUCUGAUAUGCCAGCUGGCUCAUCAGUCACAGCCAUCAUCUCCCCUGACGAAUCACAGCAUGAGAUGUCAUCCAUUUUUUCCAUUAAUCCCCCUUUCCACCAACAAAACGACGCUAACCAGAACCAGCUUUACUUCACUCAAGGCCCUUUCAAUGCAUGCCAGUUUUCUUCCGGGUUACCAGCUGGAGACGGGUGGAAGCAAGAGAGUGAUACAGUUGGGUCUUACAGGCCCAUUACUGGUUUCAUGGAUGCAGCAAAUGAUGGUUCUAAACAGUUCAACGAUGACUCUGAGCUGCCACCUUUGCCUCCUGAUGUCUCCUCUCUAUGUUACGGCUCUGGAGUUGAUGGUUCAGACAUGGGUUAUGGAGCUUGGAAUGACACAGGCCUUUUUGGGAUCCCGGAUCAAACUGCAAAUGGGUUUGGCUCAGGAGUCAGUGAACCGUAUUUCGGCCUUAACUCUUACGAGUUCGUGCAGCACAGCCCACUCUUGAGGAGGAUGCCAUCUGUUCCUGAUACGGUAGCUGACGGAUUUGAUUUGGGCUCGUCAUCGGGUUACUUCUUUCAAGUACUGCCCCAAAAUAAACAAAGCGCUACUAAAACUACAUAUUAUCAGGACAAUUGAUUCGUCAGUUUAGUUUUGGGGUCUUGCUGUUAAUGGCUUUCUUAUUUUGAUGUUUUCGGCGGGACAUAAGUAACGGUUUCUUGGGUUGUCGUUGGAUUUGGGUCCAUUUUGGGAAAAUGGCCUGCUUCUAAGUCUGUUUUAUGGUUCAUGUCAUGCCUUUUGGUCAAAAUUGUAGGGGGCGCGAUGAUAGCCCUUCUUUGGAGUGUAAAACUGAG